UGAAUAUCCUAGGAAGGUACUACAACAUAGAGGAAUUUCAUCCUUGAACAGUAGCUCCCAGCUGCUAGAUGCUGAAAUGAUGUCAAUCCGGCCAAGACCGAGACAAGUUGUGCAUCUUGCAGCAUAUGAAUCGUACCAAGCCGCUGGAAACCAAUAUACUGGUGCUAUGGCCACUUUUGAUGUCUAUGGUUUUCCAAACUUGGUCAAGGGUGAAUCAAGUUCAGCCCAAAUCUGGGUAAUAAAUAAAGGAAAUGGUGAAAGCGACAACGUCAACAAAAUUAUGUCUGGAUGGGAGGUCAAUCCAGACAUCUAUGGUGAUAGCAAAACACAUUUUUUCGUAUUUUGGACGGCUGAUGGGGAGGAUGAGACCGGAUGCUAUAACUUGAAUUGUCUAGGCUUUGUGCCUGUAAAUGGGGCUCCUAUUACGCCGGGAGAUAGCCUAGAGCUACCACAUGGGCAAACGAGAAUCUCACUCAAGAUAUAUAAGAGUAGAGACGAUGGAGAUUGGUGGUUGUACUACGGAAAUGAUAACAUUGGUCUUACUAGGGUGGGAUAUUGGCCAAAGGAUCUUUUUACCACCCUGUCAGGCCAUGCCACAGUUAUAGCAUGGGGUGGAAUGACCACGUCUUACGAAGGACGUUCUAGUCCUCCGAUGGGCAAUGGGAAAUGGGCUGGAAGAGAAUCAGCAACAGUUCGAAAUAUUCAGUAUGUUGAUACAAGUGGUGGAGGUUAUGACCCCCCUACAUGGCCUGCUGGUCUCCAUAUUGUUGAAACACACAGAAACUGCUAUCGUGCUACCACUUUUGGUGAUGGCAUGUUCCACUAUGGGGGUCCGGGUGGUUGUGUUCGUUAACUCGUUAAUUAGCCCAUGUUUUAGUGUUCUUGAA